AUGUAUGCUACUGCUGCUGUUUAUGUGUUUCAUGAGUUUGAGAGUUGGUUAGUACGCCUUGUUAAUGAUCAAUAUGCUACUGUUGCUGCUGUUAGCUAUGUAAAUUGUGAAUCUGAAAUUGGUCAAUUAGAAACAUAUUAUGAAGCUGCGGGAGGAGCAAAAAAGAAAAGACUAUUUGGUCUUGGGUCUAAAGCUGACAGUUACUAUGGGAAAAAACUUUGUGGCUGCGAUGCCUCCUCAUCAUCAGUACCACCUUCGGUUUCUUUACCGAUAAUAAAUUUAGAGGAAUUUGUGAAACAAUUGAUUUCGGCUCUUACUACUCAGUUUCUUCCGGUAGUUAUUGAGUGUGUUGAUGGUAUUAGCGUACAAGAAGAGGUCGUGCUUGAUCCUCCUCCUACUAAUGAUGAUAAUAAUGACGACAUUGAUUCCUAG